GGCCUGCUUGGAUUACGUCUCACCGAAAGCGGCCAAUCAGAGACAGCUGAAGCCAGACACCGCCAAGAUCAGAUUGUGAGUCGCGCUGCCGUAGCAAGGCUAGUCGAGAGAGUGGACAGAAGAAGCUAACGCCACUUGCUAACUUGUGGAGCGGAGGUCUGACUAGUGAAACAUUGAAGAAAAUAUUCCUUUCCAAUUGAGGCUCCACUUCCCCGGUCCUUUGGGAUCAUGGCUAAAGAUGCUGGUCUAAAAGAAACAAACGGAGAACUGAAGGUUUUCAUUGAUCAGAAUCUGAGCCCCAGUAAAGGUGUCCUGUCUUUGGUCGCUGUCCAGCCUGCAACCGCCCCCUUGGCCAAGCAGCUCCUUCCCAAAACACUUGGGCCAUCUAAUGUGAAUAUUGCUGCACACAUGCAACAUAUACCACACAUGGUGAUUGGAACACCUCAGAGGCCAACAGUAUCGAAUACCAUACUGGUCAACAGUCCACACACACCCAACUCCCAGUUCCUCACUCAAACUCAACCUUCAGAUGCUUCCCCUUGGUCGUCAGGGAAACGUGGCAAGAAAGGGGAGAAGAAUGGUAAAGGCUUGAGGCAUUUCUCCAUGAAAGUGUGCGAGAAGGUGCAGAAGAAGGGAGUCACCACCUACAAUGAAGUGGCAGAUGAACUGGUGGCAGAAUUCAGCUCUGGUGACAACCACAUGUCACCCAAUGAUUCACACGUGUAUGACCAGAAGAACAUUCGGCGGCGUGUGUACGACGCCCUUAACGUCCUCAUGGCCAUGAAUAUCAUCUCCAAAGAGAAGAAAGAAAUCAAGUGGAUCGGCCUGCCCACCAAUUCUGCACAGGAGUGCCAAAACCUCGAGGUGGAACGACAGAGGCGGCUGGAGAGGAUCAAACAGAAACAGUCACAGCUUCAGGAGCUUAUACUGCAGCAAAUAGCGUUCAAGAACCUUGUGCAGAGGAACCGACAGAGCGAGCAGCAGGCAAACAGACCUCCACCUCCCAACUCCAUAAUACACCUACCCUUCAUCAUUGUCAACACCAGCAAGAAAACAGUCAUCGACUGCAGCAUCUCCAAUGACAAGUUCGAGUAUCUGUUCAACUUUGACAGUAUGUUUGAGAUCCACGAUGACAUCGAGGUGCUGAAGCGUAUGGGCAUGGCUUGUGGUUUGGAGGUGGGCAAGUGCUCUCCAGAGGAUCUGAAGGUUGCACGUAGCCUGGUGCCAAAGGCUCUGGAGCCCUACGUCAUUGAGAUGUCAAAGGGUCCAAUCAGUAACGUCUACAUCACUGGAGCGUCCUCUGCUAAUGGAGCCCGUUACACAAGCAGCGACGGUGGCCCAGACGGCAACAUGGCCUCCAGCUCUAACGACUCUCACUACAGCGGCUCCCGUGUAGAGACCCCGGUGUCUUACAUGGGCGACGAUGACGACGAGGAUGAGUAUGAUGAGAACGAUGACGAAGAUUAAGCUGUCUGCACCUCGCCACCCCAAGAAGCACAGUUUCUCAAACCAUUUCCGCCGCCACCUGGGAAACAGUCCCACCUGCCACAUUUCUUUUUUUUUCUCCCGCUACCCUUUUUCAACACCCCCAUUCUUGUUUUGUCUGGUUUUCUCAGGGCUGUAGAUGAGAAUUGAAAGAACAGGAGUGGGGGGGGGGGUCCUCGUCCGCUCUCUCCUCUCCCGAAUGACUUGUACAUGCACCGCAGCUCCGAUGGAGGUUUGGUACUGGGAACUGUAGCGUGUGGCCUGACCUCAAAGCUGAAGUCAUUUGUUCAAGAAUCCAUCGCAUGAAAAACAAAACAACAUUAUUGCUGUUGGCGAAUGGGUGGAAGAAAACCUCGUUUUGUUGCUGUUCCCGCGAGCAACAUGAUGAUCUAUAAUGUUCAAAGACGGCCAAAGUGUUUGCUUGAACAUGCCGCCAUGGCGUCCUAUGACGGGGCUCCAUCGUGUGUUGAUGCUUUUGUUUUUGUUUGGUUCUGGGCAAUAGGUUGAAAUGGUUGUUCCAUUUAUCAUUCUGUUGAGCUGGCUCCCUUCUCUUCUUGUAGGCAGCUGCUUUUCUUAUAUUUUUUGCUAGUUUUUUUUUUUUUCUUAUGUCAGUUGAG